GCUGGGUGGAGUAUGUAAAACUGCAGCUUAUCAAACAGAACACAGUGGACUCAGCUGCAAACUGAACUACAUUGCAAUACAGGAAAAAUGAGUAUUUGUGCCAGCUUGUGAGAGAAUGGCUCAACCGACUGAUAUUCCUGGCAGUUUCUGUGUCCCAGAAGUAGGACUUUUAGCUGCUAUAAAAUGGAGAAAUGUAAAGGGGCAAGGACAAUUAAAACAGAAGAUAAAAGACCUACCUGCACUUCUGAAGAAUGGAUUGAACCUCAAGAAGAAGCAGGCUGAUGUGCAGGUGGACAACUUGGAACAAAAUGCUGAUAAUCAUCCAUCAAAUUCCAGAAGAAAGAUAUAUUCUGAAAUUAUUUGCUGUGCAGGGAAAGUGCUGAGAAAGAACUUUCUGAAACAAGCACCUCAUCUUGUAAAAGAUCGUGUGACCACCAGAGGAAAAUGCAUGACCUGCUGUGUGGGUUUUGAAAUGGUGGACUGGUUACUGGAUCAAUGUCCUUUCAUCUAUACGCGGACCAAGGCAGAAGGCAUCUGGCAGAUUCUGUUAGAUCUGGGAAUUCUAUCUUCAGUGAUGGAAAAUCAAGAGAAUUUUCAGGAUAAAGACAUCAUCUACCAGUUUUCAAAUGAUGAAUAUGAUGAUCUGGCCUGUCCCUUCAGGAAGGAAGGCGAGUGGAAAAAUGGUGUAAGACUGCUCGGCCACAUAGUUCCUUAUGUUCAAUCCAGAACAAAUCUGCAAGUAAUAUCAGAGCAAAGUUCAGCAGAGGAGAAAAUAGCAUCAUGUGAUGAAAUCCUCCAAAUACAGGCUCUUGCUCUUUUAUCGACCACGGUGAACAAAGAGCUGGUUGCUGCUAUUGCUGCAAGAGGAGAAACACCAUCGUGUGGAGAAGAGAACAGAAAUGACAUCAAGCCAGUUGAAUUGAAAGGCUCUGUGAAUAAUAUCAAGCAAAAUAAGGAUGGAGUAGUAUGCGGGUUAAGAGAGGAAGAUGAUUUUGAUGGCAUUGGCUUAGUCCAGAAACACUCAGCUGCAGCACAUAUCAUUCUAACUGAAGAUAAUUGUCAUAUUCAGCCAAUAAUCCAAGAGAAUGUCAGCCGGAUUUCAAAGAAUGAUGAAGCAAACACAGCUCGAGUUAAAGAACGAGGCCAAGAUAUACUCAUCCUGAAAAAAAUGUCGUCAUCUAGCCCAGCCCCUACUGCAGGGAGUGCCCAGAAUGAUGGGAGAUACACGGUGGUGGCUGGAACCCCUGAGAAGAUUCUAGAGCAUCUGCUCAAAGGUAUGCGCUUGGAGGAAGGUGAAUGUAAAGAGGCAGAUAUGUUGCUGGAUGACUUUCUUCUCACAUACACAGUCUUCAUGUCAACCAAUGACUUGUGUCACGCAUUACUAAGGCACUAUUGUUCAAAGACAUUUACAGAAAAACAAGAAGGCUCAGAUAACAGCUUGUAUCGAAAGCGCAAAGUGCUACGCAUUGUUUCACAGUGGGUAUAUCUUUACAGGACUUUGUUACGAGAAGAUGAAAAUACUAAGUUGGUUUUCAAGAACCUUUAUAGGUGCGUACUUGAUGAUCUUUAUGAAUAUCCUAGUUUGGAAAAGGAAUUGAAAGAACUUCAGAGCCUGUUUUGGAUUCCACGCAGGCACACCAUUGAUGAAUAUUCACCGCACAAAAAGAAUACAACAAAUUUCCAUCAAUUCAGUUGCAGAGAGAAGUGGCUGCAACCUAAGGCAUAUCAAGCUGAAGAAGUUUUCUGCCGUGUUUAUGUGGCAGAUCAUUCUUAUGUCAGUUUCCGAACUAAGAUGUCAACAUCAGCACAGCAAGUUCUUCACAUUGUGGCUGAGAAACUCCAGCAAUGUGACGAAGAUUUGAUGCUCAUGGCAGUGACUUCCACUGAUGAAAGGCAAAUUCUUCAACCUGAUGAUGUGUCUCUUUUUACAUCACUGGAUCCCACUACUCGCAUAUUUGUUUGUAAAAAAGAUCCCACUGAUAUCUUGACUCUUACAGCAGAAAAUGACGAAAUACUACAACGAACUAUCCAAAUGCUUGGAAUGAAUACCUGGCAAUUGGCCAACAAAUUAACCAAUUUUGAUUGGGAUUUGUUUAACUGCAUUUGUGAACAGGAACUGAUCUAUUACACAUUCCACAGAAGGAACACCACUGCCAAUCUUGACUUUAUGCUGCAGCGGUGCAAUGAAGUUCAACUGUGGGUUGCCACUGAAGUCCUCCUCUGUAGCCAGCUAUCCAAACGAGUGCAGCUUGUCAAAAAGUUCAUAAAGGUUGCUGCUCACUGCAGGGCAUUAAGGAACCUUAACUCUUUCUUCGCCAUAAUCAUGGGUCUUAACAGUGCUGCCAUCUGUCGACUCUCUCAGACAUGGGAGAAAGUACCUGGGAAAUUUAAGAAGCUAUUCUCUGAACUUGAAAGUUUUACGGAUCCAUCCCUGAAUCAUAAAGCAUAUAGAGAUGCUUUCAAAAAGAUGCAGCCACCAAAGAUUCCCUUCAUGCCUCUGCUGUUGAAAGAUGUAACAUUUAUUCAUGAAGGAAACAAAACCUUUUUGGACAACCUUGUCAACUUUGAAAAGCUGCACAUGAUUGCAGACUCCAUCAGGUUGCUGAGACACUGCAGGAGUAAUCAGAUCAGUAUGGAAGAUAAUCAGAAAGACCAUCAGGAUGUGAAAGCAUAUGUUCACUACUUGCACGUUAUUGAAAGCCAAGAGACAUUAUUCCAGCUUUCUCACAGACUUGAGCCAAGAUCUUAACUAAAGCUCCAUCAACUUGUAAGAUCACUGUAUUGAUGUUGAGUAAAAGCUACAGAGAACUGCAGUCAUGACAACUGUGGCAAAGUGACUGGACCAUUGUGCUACAUGACCAGUCUCUUGUGAAAUCAUAGGCACAGUUUACAUACAAAUUCGACACAAGGUGGUGAGAAAGCAACAAUUAGUUUAAUAAGACACUUCCAUGGUGUUCAGUCAAGAAGCUAUGUUGCAAGAACCUUCGGCAGAGGCACUGAACAGGGAACAAGCUAAGAAACAAUCAACUACUGUUUGCUAAAACUAAGCAGAAUAGAAUUCUGUCCAUAUUUGUCAGAAGACAAUUUUUAAUUCAUUUUUCUUGUGCCAAACUCUCAACGCAAAGACAGAGGACUUUCUUCUCUACUUUGACAUGUGGCAAUUGGACUUUGCAUCAAUUGGAUGAACCUGCCACUGGCCCUGGGAAAAUACCCAGAAACAGACCUGCAUGAAGAGAGAAGGAAAUAGUUACUGCUGCAGAAAACAUUGAGCUACAACAACUCAAAGGGGCAGUUAGUUUUAAAUAUUUAAUACAAAUGCCGUUGGUCCAAUAAAGGAGCAGAAUCUAUCAAUAAGAAUUGGCAGCCCAUUCUGCUUAAAAGAAAGCUCACUAUGCCUUGAGUCUUUAAAUUACUUGCUGUGCCUCUCCCAGCAACACUGCGCACCAUUGAAUGUAGGCAUUUCCAGCAAUCAUUAUUGUCAAAGGGAUGGAAAAUGUUAACCCUAUCACCAUAUAUAAAAGCCCGCCAGGAUUUUUCAGGACUAAAAAUUUCUAGGAGCAGUGAUGAUAAAAACCUAAUGCAUAUUGAAAUGUGGAUUCUCACACCACUGGGCAACCGGGAAGAGAAAUUCUUGUCUGAUAUUUUAGUCGUUUUUAAUGUAUUUCUUCAUGAGAAGAGUUCACUGAAUAAAAAAAUGACUGUAUUACAGUGCUAUAAACAUAAAUGCCAUGCUAAGCAGUUUAAUGAAGCUAAUGAUUUAAGGUUUUAGUAAAUUUUAUAUCUAAUGAUGGUGCAGCUUCCUUUGAUGUGGAAGUAUAUUGUCCCAUAGUCAAAACAGUACUAAGAGUAUUUGUGCAUUAAGCUAAAUAAAACACAUUUGUAAAGUUUGUACCCGUA